GCUGGCUCCUGGCCACAGCGCUCAUCAUGAUACAACAUGGUUCCACACGGCUUAUUAGCUUUCUCUUUAUUACGCUCAUAUUCAGCAUCGCGUCAGUCGAAGCUGCCAUGAAUAAGUGGGAGGUGACAAACUUCUGCAAAUGUAUCUGCUUCUCUGCCAACUAUACGAUUCUGUCCCUGAACACGCCCGACAACCCCUCCAAACCUUGUCUAUCGUGCACUAAGCAGUGGUGCUUGAAUCAGAACCUACCUAUUUGCGCCGGUGCAUCUCUUGGCGACACAGAUCCAGACACUGCGACUGGUCUGGAGGGCGAUGUUGAAGCGCGAUGUUUUCAACGAGAUUCUCCUAGGGACCAGCUUGUGGUCACCCUGUUUUUAUUGACUAUCCUCGGACUGUUACUUGGUGUCAGCAUUAAAAACCGCAUGCUCAAGGCAGGUUUGGAUUCUAGUACGGCAUGGUCUGCCAGCAGGCGCUGGUGGGAGGAAUGGUUACCGCGUAGGUACCAUGAAGACUUCAACCUGACUGAGCGUCCCACUGGCAAUAAUAGUCGGGGAAAUUACAGAGAGAUAUCAAAUACGCUUCCAAUGUAGUUCUUUGAUAUGUACGAUUUGCACUAGUUCCGUGGGGAUGCCUUGCCUACACAUGUUUCCCUUAUAGAGCACGUUCAGGCGCCACGCUAGACUGCGCUUCUUGA